CCCCCAUCACCUCCCCUCUCCCCCGUCCGCCGAAGGCCCCGCCCCCUCCCCCAGGGACCGCAGGCGCUGGUUAAGUCCAAGCCAAACGGGUGUCGUUGGGCCGCCGCUAUCACCUAGCCGAGUGAGUUGCCUUCAAAACGCCCUCUAUAAUCGCGCAAUGACAGAGCCGGACGUCCUGACGGAGGUGCCGGCCUCGCUGAAGCGCCUCGCCAAGUUCAUCGUGCGCGGCUUCUACGGAUCGGAGUAUGCGCUGGCGCUCGACGUGCUCAUCCGCAACCCGUGCGUGCGCGAGGAGGACAUCCAGGAGCUGCUCAAGUUUGACCGCAAGCAGUUGCGCUCCGUGCUCAACACGCUCAAGGCCGACAAGUUCAUCAAGUGCCGCAUGUGCAUGGAGACGGCGCCCGAUGGCAAGUCGACGCGCCACAACUACUACUUCAUUAACUACCGCCUGCUCGUCAACGUCGUCAAGUACAAGCUUGACCACAUGCGGCGGAAGCUCGAGACCGACGAGCGAGACUCCACCAACCGGGCCUCCUUCCGAUGCCCCGACUGCAGCAAGACCUUCACCGACUUGGAGGCCAACCAGCUGUAUGACCUCGCGAGUGGCCUGUUCAUGUGUACGUUCUGCCGGAGGGAGGUGGAGGAGGACGAGUCGGCGGUGCCCAAGAAGGACGCACGCACGCUGGUGGCGCGCUUCAACGAGCAGAUCGAGCCCAUCUACGCCCUGCUGCGCGAGACCGAGGACAUCAACCUGUCCCACGAUGUGCUCGAGCCCGAGCCCAGCGACAUCCCUGCUCUCAAGCACCUGUUGCGCGGGCAGGCGGUGGGCGCUGGUGUCGUGCCGGCCCGCGAGGCCUGGUCGGCGAGGGCCCCCACGUACGACGACCUCUACACGCAGAACGUGACCAUCAGCCUGGAGCAGGGCGACCCGGAGCGCCGCGGCGGCUCCUCCUCCGCCUCCGCCACGGCCGCCGCCGCCGCCGCCGCCGCCUCCGAAGACCGCCGCCCGGCAAAGGAGCGGCCCGUGUGGAUGACGGAGAGCACCGUGCAGGGCGCCUACCUCGACUCCGCCGCCGCGGUCUACGCAGGCGUGGGCUCCGAGACGGGCCAGGACGGCUCCGACCAGCGCGGCGGCGCGGGCGGCCACAAGCUGGACAGCGAGGAGGUGAUGCGGGCGCUGCUCGUGCACGAGAAGAAGAGCAGCCUAGCGACGGGCGCCGCCGCCUCCUCGUCCUCCUCCUCGCUGGCCGACACCCGCGCCGCCGCCGCCGCCAUCGCCACCGUGGGGGGGGGGCGGCGGCGGCGGCGGAGGGGUUGGGGGAGGUGGCGGCGGGGCCAGCGACUCGGAGACCGACACGAGCGAGUCGGACGACGACUCCCCGCCGGCAAAGCGGCGGCCCCAAGCCUCGUCGGCGCAUGCGGCUCUGCAGCACCGGCACCAGCAGAAGCAGCAUCAUCACCAGCGGCACUUGGCCCAGCACUCGCAGCAGCAGCAGCAGCAGCAGCAGCGGCGGCGGGAUGGGCAGGUGGACUACGACGACGACGAUGACGACGACGACGAUGACGAGUUUGAGGAGGUAACCACCGUGACGGUGAUGGUGGCCGGGCGGCCGUACCCCUACAGCGAGGUGAGCCAGAACCCGCAGCUGGUGGCCCAAAUGACGGCCGAGGAGAAGGAGACGUACAUCCGUACGGGGCAGGAGAUGUUUCAGGAUAUGUACGACUGAGGAGCUCUCCACCACGGGGCAAGGGCGGUGCGGGGCAGAGGACGAGCGGCCACGCUUCGGUGGAACUCGGCGGCGUGAGAUGUGGUCGGGGGGGGGGGGGGGGGAAGGAGGGAGGGGGGUGCUCGCUGCAAAAAACACCAGCGGGCAAUCGCUGCAGGGUUCACACCCCGUCCUACGAUCGCCCGCCCGCCCGCCUGCGGUGCCCCUAUUCAGAAUCGGAAUCAGAAUAUUUAUUCAUACCGGACAAAUCGGAUGAGCUUAUUAAGCUCUUUCACAGAUGUGUCUGAUAGGGGGCGCACGGGUUCAGAAAUAUUGCGUGGGGCGCCGCCCCCUGCACGCACGGGGUGAUGUGCACAGGUCGACGCGAAUCACCCCCCCCCCCCCCCCCCCCCCCGGUCAAAUAUUUGUCAUGGUGAGAAGCAGGGAACGCAGUUUGGCAAUGUUGCGGCCUCCAUAUAAAUGUGUCCUUGUUUUCUCCCAUUGCUGAAAACAUCAUCAAACGUCGCUGUGAAUAAAAUGUAGCGAAACCGUGUCUCCUCGUCUGGCUCCACAUUCUCGCGUUUAAUUUGCUACAUGUGUGCGAAAUGUCAGUGCUGCAAUUAUAUUUUUGACAAUUGGUUUCAUUAACUGUGUUUAACCCUUUCCCAUUCCGAUGACGUGCGCGUACGACUCACUUUUUUUUUCUCCGAAUUCUGUUCCGAUAUAUGUGUACGUCAUCGUAACGGAAUCGAUAAAAUAACUUUACCACUACCGAGGCUCCCACAAGGCCAUGCGGGAGGGCGUGUGGCACAGUUUGGUGCCAGCUAUCAUAGAGUGCGGCGGUCGUGUCUUUGAAAAACAACGGCCCUACGCCUUUUUGUAUAAAAUAACAAUGAACCGCUUGCACAUUCGGAGCUUCAGCGGUGAACAGGACACCGACACCCUGCACCUUGCAGACGUCUCGUUACGGGAAAGGGUUAAUUAUGUAUAUUUAGGUCUUUGUUUAUGAGAGUUUAGACUUGAUUAUUGCCUUUACUCAGAACUUCCUCCACCGGCUCCUCAAAAUAAAACUGGAGACAAUAUCUAAAAUUCCAUUGCAAAUAAUGCCUCGUGAGAAAAUGCAAUUCGACAUAUGAGCUGUUUUGCACCGGGCAAUCUUCUCCAAAGUGAUAGUUAUAAUUCAUACAAACUUAACCAAUCAAAGCCCACAAGAUGUAUGCACUCCGCAGCAUUAAAUAUUAAAAGAGUGAUUUGAAUAAAUUGGCCAAAGCGGUAUUCAUCUGAAACGUUCAGGCUUUUUUCCCCAUUUGUUUUUAGGGCUAUAAAUCGUGAGGACCGAAUUCGUCCAUUAUCCAGAGCCGAAAUCCGUACCAUCAAAGGGAGCAAAGCCUUUAGUUUUAACCAUAUAUUUACACAGAGAUAAUAACCACACGUGUACGCUAAAAAUAUUUACCAUAUAUUUACACUAAAGAUAUUAACCGUAUAUUUACACGGCAAAUGAGAGGGGAGAUUACUUGAAACUCCCGUUCAUGUCAAAUGGUCAUCACAUAAUUAAUCGAUA